AUCCACCCCCGCUUCCUUCUCUCCACAGAGGUGGCCCAGCAGGAAGCCCCAUGGUUUGCAGAGGCAAAGAGUCUGAGUGAGCAGCUGAGAGCCAUCUACACCAGGGCCCGUUUCCGCCACUUGUCACUGCUUGAGAGCCCUUCUGACCUCCCCUCUGAUCAUCUCCUGGGGUGCGAGCUGGCCCUCACGGCCAAGUGUGUCAGCAGUCCUGUGCAGGAGCCCCUGACAUUGCCCGAGGUCUUGGUCAACUUGAACUCUGUCAUGAGUGUGGAGGGUGAAGCUGGCAGUGGGAAGAUGGUCCUCCUAAAAAAGAUCACCUUUCUCUGGGCGUUGGGGUGCUGUCCCCUGCUGAACAGGUUCCAGCUGGUCUUCUAUCUGUCCCUGGGUUCCAUCACCCCAGACCAAGGGCUGGCCCAUGUCAUCUGUGACCAACUCCUAGCGACAGAAGGCACAGUGAGUGAGACAAGCCUGCGGCACAUGACACGGCAGUUAGGGAACCUCUUAUUCCUGCUGGAUGACUACAGAGCAAGGGCCUGGGUCCCCAUCAUGGAAACACUGAUCCACAGAAGCCACUUGUCCAGGUCCUGCCGACUAAUUGCCGUCCAUACAAACGGCAGGGACAUCCGUCAGCACCUAGAUAUAGUUCUGGAGAUCAGGGAGUUCCCCUUUUACAGCACCUUCUGUGUAUUACGGCGGCUUUUCCGCGACCAGCCCCAGCUGCGGAAGCUCCUGGUGUGUUUUGGGAAGAACCCGCACAUCCAGGGGAUUUACAAAACCCCUCUCUUUGCGGUGGCACUGUGCUUCUGGUUGCGGUACCCUUUCACUCAGUCUCUCGACCACGUGGCUGUUUUCAAGGCCUAUAUGGAAUGGCUUUUCUUAAAGCACAAAACUCAGGCUGAGCUUUUCAGAGCCACUGUGUCCUCCUGUGAUCUGGCCCUGAAAGGGUUUUUCUCAUCUCGUUUCGAGUUUAGUGAUGAUGACCUUGCAGAAGCAGGGGUUGAUGAGGACGAGGAUCUCACCAUGUACUUGAUGAGCAGGUUCACAGCCCAGAGGCUGAGACCAGUCUAUCAGUUUUUAAAUCCUGCAUUUCAAAAAUUUCUUGCUGGAAAGAGGUUGAGCGAACUGCUGGAUUCAGACAGAAAGGAAGAUCAAGAUUUGGGACUUUAUUAUUUGAAACAAAUUAACUCACCCCUGCUGGCUGUGUGUUCCUAUCACGAUUUUUUAAAGUAUGUCUCCAGCUACCCUUCAACAAAAGUGGGGCCAAAGAUGGUAUCUCAUUUGCUCCAUUUAGCAAGUAAAGAGUCACUGGGACAUCCGCCCCCAAACAGUGACCCCUCAAAGCAGGAAGAGGAAAUGAGGCUGGAUGCACAAAUGUUCAGGUCAUUGUGGCAGGUGUGUCCAGAGCAGUGCUUUUUGCUGCUAUCAGAAUUUUUAUUGGAUUUUGCCCUGAGCAUUGCUUAUAAAAGCAGUACUGUUGCUGCAUGUGCUCCAUUUAUUUAAUUCCUUCAAGGGAGAUCUCUGCCGUUGAGGGUACUUAACUCACAGUACUUCUUUGAUUAACCAGAAAGUCUCCAAAUGCGGAAAAGUAUCACGGUCUUUCUACUAGGCAGCAAGCAGAGAUGCAGCCCAGACAGUGAAAUCUUGGAAAGAUGUUUUGACAGGUCCCAGAUGCCAACAAUAGAUGAGGACUAUGCUUCGGCCUUUGAGACUCUGGAGCAAUGGGAGCGACUCGCGCUGAAAGAGGAGAACAUCCGGAGUUAGUAGCGGCUCCAGCUAUAGCCACCGCUGGUCCUCUCCCGCGGCUACUGGCGGCUCUCCCCCAGGCCGCAGGAGCUCCCGCUGCUGCAGCUGCGCGCCGUCCACCAGGGCGCCACAAGUCCCGCAGUGCUCCAGGCGCACGCUGCCUUCGCCGCCGCCCAGCACGUUGAGCUCCGCGUGGAGGAGAGCAGCGGCUUCCUGGAGAGCAUCUGGCCGGCGCUGGAGCCCAGCAGGGCCGCGGUCACCAAGGUCACCCUGCGCAUGGACGAGCUGCUGAGCGCCGCGGAGCGGGAGCUGCUGCUCGCCCUGCCCGCACUGGAGUCCCUGGACAUCUCAGGCUCAGCCAAGUUCCCAGGUAGCCUGGCCGCCUUCCGGAGCACGCUCCUGCUGGCCAUUCUACUUUCUCAGGCUUAGCUUUGGGUGAUGUGUGCCUCUAAAGCCAUAAGCCCCUAAAUCCUCUUUGAUAGUAGAAAUAUAAACUUUCACUCAUUUGGGGGCUAGCAGUAUAAAUGAAUGACAGGCCCCUGAAUAAUAGAAUGGUUUUCAAAUAACUCAGAUUAUUUGAACCUGAGCAUCUUCUGGUUAAUAAAAUUAACAAAACAUGGAUGUCAAUAUUUAAUUUAAAAUAUUUCAUUAAGGACCCUUAGUAAGCAGAUAUAAAUUACUUUUCUAAAUUACUUGUUAGUAAAUAAUGACCUAUUUGUAGAUGAUGCUUGAAAAUUUCUCCUGUCCCAGCUGACUAAUGAAAAAAAGGGCGUGGCUUCCUCAAGAGCAAGGUCUCUCCUUUAUUGUUUUUUUUUUAUUUGUCUUUUGUUGUUGUUGUUAUUUUUUGAGAGGGUCAUGUAGCCCAGGCUGGCCUCGAAUUUGCAAUCAUUCUCUUGCCUCAGCCUCCCAACUGCUUGGGUUACAGGCACGCACCUGUAAUUUGAGUUUUCAAUAUCAACUUUCCCCAUCUUUUUUUUUUUUUGGUAUCUAGGGUUGAACUCACUGCUGCACUCUUGCUAGGCAGGCGCUCAUGCGCGAGCUAAAUCCCUGGCCCAAUGUUCCCCUUCUUUCAUUAAAUUUAUUCCUAGGUACUAGUGGGAUUUUUUAAAACAAUGUUGUAAAUGAUAUUUUAUUUUAGUUUUAUAUAUUUAUUUAUUUGUCUUUUUGAGACAGGGUCUUGCUAUGCAGUUCGGGCUGGCCUUGAAUUCACUUUGGAGCCAAAGCUGGUCUUGAACUCACAACAGUUUCCCUGCCUCAGCUUCCUGAGUGCUGCGAUACAGGCAUAUGCCACCAGGCCAGGCCUUUUUUUUUUUUUUUUUUUUUUUUGUCUUUUUGAGACAGGGUCUCACUAUGGAGCCCAGGCUGGCCUGGAACUUUCAACAGUCCUCCUGCCUCAGCUUCUUAAGUGCUAGGAUUACAAGCAUGUGCCACCACACUUGGCAAGUUUUUAAUUUUGAUAUAGUCUAAUUUAUCAUUUUUUCUUUGCUAGUGCUUUUGAUGUCAUAUGCAAGGUCAUGAAGAUUUGCCCCUAUGUUUUCUUCUAAGAGUUGAAUGGUUUUAGCUCUUUUGAUCACUGACGCAUUUUAAGUUAGAUAUGAGUUAAGUAGGAAGUCCAAUUUGAUUUUUUUUGCCAUGGAAAUCCUGUUGUUCCUACACUGUUGGUGGGGGAGAUAUCUUACUUAUGUUUGUGAGUACAGAGAGUAACACAGGGCUUCCCAGAUGGUACAUACUUGGUGAGUGCUACAGACAAUUCUUUGUAUAUAUCCUUACUAAAAUGAAUGUUUUCCAGGGCAUGUUAGCACACACCUAUAAUCUCAGCACUCAGGAGGCUGAGGCAGGAGGAUCUCUGUGAUUUCAUAGCCAGUCUGGCUUUUAUAUAGUGAGUUCAAGUCCAGCCUGAACUGUGCAACAAGAUCUUGAUUCUAAAAAUAAAAAAUAAAAAAAAGAGCUGUAUGGUGUCUGGUGGUCUUCACCUGACAAUGUGAAAGUAGUUGUCGGGUCAAAAUGAUAGUUUCAGAUUUUCCACUUGGAAAUUGUUAGGUCAAUCAUGGAAAACCAUGCUUCUCUGCAGACCAAAUCUUCCCUAACCUGGACAAGUUCCCAUGCCUGAGAGAACUGUCGGUGAAUCUGGACAGCAGUCUGGAUAUUUUUUCUCUCUUUCCUGAUGAAUUCCCAAACCUCCAUCAUAUGGAGAAAUUACUGAUCCAAGUUUCAAAUGGGUGUGAAGCUUCCAACUAGGU